CCAUAGUGAACGGUUCCUUGGAACGCGGAACGGUGCAACGUAAAAAAUCUUCGUCGCAGGGAAAGCCAAGUUUUUCUCGCGGCGUGCAAUACGACCAUACGCUGAGCAACGUGCUCGGACGACCAUGGCUGGAACGGAGACUCCGAACGUGAAAUCAGAGACGACGAGUGCACCAGUUGAAAAUAGCAAUGAGAAUCCACGCGAUCGUAAUCCGCCGGGCGGCGGUAAUCGUGGACCUCGCGGCCGAAAAGGUGGAACACGAUUUUCAGGAAACCGCGGCGGCGGAAUGGGCGGCAUUGGAGGCGGCGGCGGAAGAAACAAUGAAGCGAUGAAAAUGGGUGAUUCUAUGGAUGGUGGCAUGGAUAACCCAAUGUCUGAAGGCAUGGGUGGCGGAAUGGGAGGAGGUGGAAUGGGAGGUGGUGGCAUGGGCAUGAAUCGUGGUGGCGGAAUGCGUGGAGGAGGAAGAGGAGGUCGUGGCGGUGGCGAUAGAAGUAUGCCCAACAGAUCACAAGAUGAUCGAUUGAUGGAACGCAUUAUGGCCAUCAGUGGUCCUACCCAUGAACUGCCUUUACAGGACACAACAGAAAAGAAGUUUAGUGGCAGAAAUCGCUUAUAUAUUGGAAAUUUGACAAAUGAUGUAAGUGAGGAAGAAAUACAAACCAUGUUUCAAAAAUAUGGAGAAAUAUCCGAGCUGUUUGUGAACAAAGAGAAAAGCUUCGCCUUCCUCAGAAUGGAUUAUAAGGCAAAUGCUGAAGCAGCAAAGCGUGAACUAGAUGGUACGAUGCGCAAAGGUCGUGCAUUGAAAGUACGCUUUGCUCCUCAUUCAUCGACGAUAAAAAUAAAGAAUCUCACCCCAUGGACAUCUAACGAGCUUCUCGAGAGAGCCUUUAGUGUGUUUGGUGAAAUCGAACGCGCUAUUGUCAAAGUUGACGAGAGAGGUAAAAGCACUGGGGAAGGUAUCGUCGAAUUUUGUCGGAAACCGUCUGCUCAGCUGGCUUUAAGAAAAUGUACAGAGGGUUGUUACUUCAUUACUGCUUCACUUAGACCAGUAGUUGUGGAACCAUUUGAGCAACAAGAUGACGUGGAUGGCUAUCCUGAUAAGAAUUUGCCACGCAAGAAUCCGGAGUUCUUCAAAGCUCGUGACAUUGGACCACGCUUCGCACAAAUAGGUAGCUUCGAGCAUGAAUACGGUACAAGAUGGAAGCAGUUACACGAAUUAUACAAACAGAAGGAAGAGGCUCUUAAACGAGAAAUGGCAAUGGAAGAAGAAAAAUUGGAGGCCCAAAUGGAAUUUGCCAGAUACGAACAUGAGACGGAACUUCUGAGAGAACAACUGCGUAUGCGCGAGGCGGAUCGUGAAAGGCAGAAGAGAGAAUGGGAGAUGAAAGAGCGACAGGCCGAAGAGCAGAGGACUCGCGAAGAAGAAUUGAGACGGCGUCAGCAGGAAGAAAUGGCGAUGCGCAUCAGGAGACAGGAAGAGGAAUUACACAGGCGUCAACAGGAAAAUAACUUGUUUAUGCAGGAGCAGGCAAUUCGUAGCGGUGGUGGAAAAAAUUACGAUUCUGUCAGUAACAAUGACCGCGAUGGAUAUGGUCAACCUGAUGGCGGAAGCGGCAUGCCAGUGGAUUCGAAAUCCUUUAUGGAUGCAUACAACAAUAUGGAUCGCGGUAAUCGCGGGGGUUAUAACGAUGAUCGCGGGCAGAUAAUGGAUUUAAUGGAUAUGAGAGUUGAGAUGGGUAAUAUGGGUGGUAAUCGCGGAGGUAGUGGUGGCAGUGGACGUUGGCAAGGAAACGACCGUAAUCGCCCGGACGAUUAUCCUAACAAACGACGACGAUAUUAAAGCGCAAUAUCGAUAACUUAUUCCAUUGAUUUCAUUUGAGAUCAUUCUGCAAAUCGUACUAUAUCCUUCAUUCAUUCCUCACUUUUAAUAUCACUUUGUCUAUCUGGAUAACCAAAGAGGAAAUGGAGGAGUAGUUGAGAGGAUAUGAUUUACGAAAAUAAUGUCGGACAUCGACUGGUAUUAAUGUAUUGGUUUGCGAAAUUCGACUGCGAAUAAACGAGAACAUGUGAGAAUUUGACAUUAGAUGCGAUAGCGUUUUGAUACUUUGACAAAUGUGUCCUUCGGAUGACAUUUCUUCUCCGGUAGUGCAUGUACUCCGAUUGAAUAUCAAUUAACAAUAUUGAUGUUAAGAGGAUUAAUGCCAUCACUUGAUAUGUGUUUUAGAAAUCUGCUUUGAACCGCUACUUCUAUUCUGAAAUCUAUGCACAAUAUCUUCAAUUGAAAAGUAUAAUAUUUAGCAUAUACUUAUUAAAUUUUAUUAGACACAAUUUAUUCUACAGCCCAAUCUCCAAUGAACUUGAAAACUUGUCGUGGCUUGGAAAUCAUGAUAAAUUUGAGUCAUGAUUAAUGUAUCUCGUAUUUAUGAUACAUAAACAAAAUUUCACUUAUGUGAUUUUGCGUAGACUCUUAUUUUUGCACUUUCGAUCUUUCAUUUUCACGCACUCCUGUACUGUUCUGUUUUUCACUCGCUUUCUCGCUUUAACAUCAUCCUAAAGUCAGGAAAAUGUGAAGUAGUAGAAAAACGGCGCCGCUUAAGUGCGUGAAAUAAGAAUUUCAAAGUGUAAAUUCCAAAAGUUCACCAUAUCAUAAGUGUGAAAUAUAAAAUUGUCACAAACUCGAGUCUUUUCAUGAAGCUAACAUAUGAUGAUAUAUAAAUAUGAAAAUAAGAUUGAAAGUGAUUAUUUAUUUAAAGAUCUUGGAAGGUGUAAAUAAUCAAAUAAUAGAGUAUAAUUUUUUCUCUCUCAUGACAUUGCCCUUUUUUCAACACCAAUAUUUUAUUUGAAUCACCUACUCUACAUAUGUACAAUGACAUCAAUUAUUUUUUUGGCUAAAAGCUUGACUUACAUUGAUUCACUUUCUUAACACGAAAUUAGGUUACUUCACUUUAUUUUGUAUUUUAUCUAGAUUAUAAAGAUAAUAGUAGGAUAAUAGAUCAUUUUUUGUAUAAGCGACGACAGACGUAUGACUGGAAUGAACUUUAACGUUUCCAAACAAGAUUCGCACUAAUACACUUGCUUUACCCUGAAAAUAUUAAUAUUAUGUCGUCAUGUAGAUGUAUCGAGCAUGAUGAUUGCAUCAUGAUACACAUAAUGCAAAAUCUGUCAUUUCUUAAAUGAUAUUCAUCAAUAAUUAUUUUAGUAUAAGGUAUUAUACAUAUAUAGAUAUACACGCAGAGUAUUAUCUGCAGAUAUAUAAUAUUCAAUACUUUGUGAAGAAUCUUAAUCAACGGAAGCGUGA